UACCAUUGCAUUGUCUCCUCCGAUUCAUCAAAUUUUCGUCAAGUCUGUAUCUUGUCUUUGGUGCAGCUACCCCCCGAGUCCGAUUCCGAGUCCCCCGUGCCCCCAGCGCACAAGGUCAAGUACACAACACUAUUAUUAUCUCGUCCCUCAGCCAAGGAGCAAGUGUCCCCUCGCCGGCGACCACUCGAGCUCGGGUCCGAGACUCCGAGUCAUGUAGGUUGUCAAAUAAUUCCCGACUAUAAAGCAGACGCAUUGUGGUAACCACGGGUUUCCUUAAGAUUUUCCUCGGCGGCCAAGCCUGCGCUGGGCAGCACGGACGUACUCGACGACUACUUACUUACACGAGCGAUUUGAGGAAGACGGAGUAAAGUAAGACACGGAGAGAUUGCGAGUGAGAGUGAGUGAUUGUGAGAGAGAGACUGAGAGAGAGAGAGAGAGAGAGAGAGCUGCCGUCAUGCGAUCUCGCUCGGCCGUGGGCAGCAGGCAGGUAUAGAAAGAAUCAAUCAAUCGAGCAUUCGGCAGGGGGAACUCAUUAGCACCAGGAGCGGAGAGCUCUCGGCACCACACCACCCACGAUGGUGGAGAAGGCGGCGUCGUCGCUGGCUGUCCGCCGCAGCGCUGCGCUGCUCUUCCUGCUCUCGGCUCGCAAUUCCUCGGCCACAGCGGCGGCAUCGUCGUCCUCCACCGGCAGCUGCAAGGCCUCGACGCUGAACCAUCAGUCGCCCAACGGAGCGCAUGCUCCUCUGUCGCCUCUCUCGCCCCUCUCACCGUGCUCUCGCCCGUGCCUUCCGCUGUCCUUCUCCGCGUCGCCGUCGCCGUCUCCUCCAGCGCGUCACUCCAGAAGUUUUUCGUGCCUCACGUCGGAAUCUGAUCAGGCCUCGCCCCUCAGCGACGGCGCCUCUGGGUUCCCCAAUGCCACCUUCGAAUGGAGCCCGCGCAUUCUCAAGGACGAUGGUGAUUCUCAACAGACGAAUUCCGGAUCCGACCACGAUGCCGAAUUGCAGAAGAUUGUCAGCCACGUCGAAGAUGCCCCUCCGCCCACGGCCGAGAGCCGCAAGCGCGCUCGUAGAAAACCUCAGGAAGAUACUCGCCAUCCUAUUUACAGAGGCGUUCGUCGACGAAGCUGGGGUAAGUGGGUGUCUGAGAUCCGCGAGCCCAGGAAGAAGUCUCGAAUCUGGCUCGGAUCGUUUGCCACCCCUGAGAUGGCAGCUCGGGCCUACGAUGUGGCGGCACUGAGUCUCCGAGGUUCUGCUGCUCUUCUCAACUUCCCUGAGAGCGUCCCUUCCCUUCCACGACCCACAGUCAUGUCCCCCAAAGCCAUCCAGGCCGCUGCAGCAGCUGCAGCCUUCUCCUUGCCCGUGCCUAUGGCUGAACCUUCUCCGGACAGCAGCAAGUGCAGCACCAGCUGCUGUCGAUCAGGUCCAUGCACCCCGAAGCUGAGCUCCAUGUCCAGACCCACGGCGCCACCUUCUCCUAUCUCUCCUAUUUCUCGCAUGCGUUCAUUCACCCAGUCUCAAAAUUCUAGCACCAAACCUAGACCUACUGUGUCCUCGAUAUCGAGCAACGGAGGCCAACAACAACAACAUCACCAUCAACAACUACAACAGCAGCAGCAGCAGCAGAAGCAACACCAUCAGCCGCAGGAGCAACACCAUCAGCCCCAGCCCAUCCGCUCACAACCCACGUCCUUCAAUAGAUGCAGCACCACGGAAAGCUCUUUCAUGGAUUCCCGAAGAAUGGCUGCAGCAGCCCCAACCCCCGUAUCGUACCACUGCUCGCAGGCUGCUAUGAUCAACGAACCAGACGACUCAUACUUGGAUGAGGACUUACUAUUUGACAUGCCGAGUGUGCUGUCUAGUAUGGCCCAAGCGAUGCUUCUACCCUCUCCAGUCAUGGAAGAGCAACAACAAACGCUUACGCCGACGAUGAUGACCUACUUCGAUGACCAGGAUGGCAACCUGGUGUGGGAAUCUGACCUCUGGAGUCUGUGAUUCUGUCAAAUAUAUGUCUGGUAAGGGGGUUUUCUGUGUGGCCGAUCGAAGGGACGGAUCUCAUGCACGCGGGGUGAACCUUGGGUACGCCUGUCCUUCAAGCGGAAUUUAUUCCCCGACCAACUGCGUAUCCAAGCAUCUUGCAAACCACUGGCAAGGAGCUCGAGCAACAGCAUGAUCAAGGGCUUGGAAAGAAGAGAAGGAAUUGGCUGUUGCGAGUCCUGACUUGGUUUCAGUGGCAUCACAAGGUCCAUAACAAGGUUCACAAGCCUGCAGCAACCGACAUGGAGCUGCAGAGGCUUUUCUUGUAAUAAUAUGAGGUCCAUGUCGACCAGUUCCAUCGGAGUCGCCAUGUUUUUUGCAAGUUUCCAACUUGGGGAUCCAGAUCACUCUGGUCCACGUCAUUCAGGUCAGUGGUUUCUCAACAGCAGCAGCCACUCCAAGGCGAACAACCAAGAGUACAUUGAUGAGGCAAGAGGAAGAACACGACCAGGCCACGACUCAACAUAUCCUGGCGUCUCUCGAGUGCCUUGGUUCUCGACCAUUAUGUGAGCUUCUGCGGACGAAUAAUUCCAGUCUGCCACUUCUUAAGCGGACUUGGGUCCCAUGUAAACACAUGUCACAUCUGUCAUCUGAGAAGCGAAGAUGGAUCCGCGUUGUACGAUGUGAAACAUUAGAUUUGGUUCAUCAAGACGUAGCUUGUUUGUACAGAAGAAAUAAACGCUCUUGUUCUUGCUUGGAGCCAAGCCUCAGCGUCGGUAGAAAGUAGAAUGGGAGAGAAGGCAGUUUUAGCAGUGAAACCCCAUUGAAGAGUUUUAGAGAGUUCGAAGCGGGAUGUCAUUUUCUAUGUGAAAUCCGGAAGAGAAUACAAGAUUGCGUUUUACUUUCCA